AUGGCAACAGUUUUAUUAUUGGAUGUAUCAAUUUCAAUGGCACAUUCUAUAUUUAGAAUUAAUAAUGGAAAUAAUAAUAUAGAUAGCUCAAAUAAUAAUAAUAACAAUAAUAAUAAUAAUGAAGAAGAGAUUAAAACAUAUUUUGAUAUAUUAAAAUCAACAAUUGGAUAUUUUUUAUCAACAUUAACAUCAAAAUUUAGUUCAUAUAUGGCAAAUCCAAUAGCAUUGUUAACUUAUUCAUCCGAUGUAAAUGUUAUAAUACCGUUUACAAAAGGAUUUCAAGAGUUUUUAAAUGAAUUUGAAAAUAAUAUUGAUAUAAGAUUAUCAGAUCGUACAGAUUUAUUGAAUGCUUUAAAUCAAGUUUGUGAAUUAAUUCAAUCUACAUAUGGUAAUUCGACAAGUGUUGCGACUGAAAUAUUUAUAUUUACCGAUCAAUGUACUGCAUUUGAUAAAUGUAGUAGUGGUGAUGGUGAUUCAAUAUUUUCAAAAAUUAAAAAUUUUCAAUUCCCUUUUGUUCAUCAAUUUCAUUUCAUUUCAAUUUGUAUAAAAGAUAAUCAUUUAAAUCAUUCAAAUAGUCAUUUGAUUUAUUUAAAUCAUUCAAAUAAUAAUAAUAAUAGUAAUAAAUUCGAUAGUAAUAAUAAUAAUAAUAGUCAAUUAAAUAAUAAUGAAAAAAAUAAUAAUCAAAUUAGAGUAAAUAAUAAUUUUCGUGGUACAGUUGAUAUAAUUAAAUUAAAUAAUCAAAUUAAAAAUAGUAAUUCUAGUAGUAUAUUACAAUUAAAUAUUGAAUUAACAAAUAUAAUUAAUAGAAUAGUUAAUAAUAAUUAUAAUCUUUAUAAAUGUGUUUUAGUAUUUGGUAGAUUAAAUUCACCAAUGACAAUUUAUCCAAAUCCAAUGACUUUAUUAAACUUUUUAAAUAAUGGUGGUAUUCCAAAGAGUAGUUUAAUGAAUAGUGGUGUUGGUAAUAAUAAUAAUAAUAAUAGUACUAAUAAUAAUAAUAAUAAUAAUUUAUCAAUGUCAAUAUUAUCAAUUAUUGGGUAUUUACCAAAUAAAUCAUUAAAUAAUAUACCAUCUCUUUCAAGACAUGUAUUAAUACCAUUAAUUUCAGAUUCUAAACCAUCAACAUUACCACCAUUAGGACCUGUACUUCAAAAUUGUUUGAGAAAUGAAAAGAAAACUGCAAUCGUUCAUAUUCAAGAUAAUUGGUAUGGUAUGAUAAAUUCAACCUAUGAAAAUGAUGUACCAGUUUUAGCAUUAUCUUUAUUUGAACCAAAUGUUGAUUUACCAUUUCUUGGUGAGGAUUUAACUUGUUUAGAACUUGGUAAUUUAAAUGAUUUACAACAGCAACAACAACAACAAUUUUUACAACAACAGCAACAACAACAUCAACAGGGUAUAUCUCAAAAAUUACAAUUACCACCACCACAAUUACCUUUUCCACCAAUUCAAUCUCAAUUUACAAUGUCUUAUAAUACAGUUGCUGAAUCAAAUAUAAUUCCAUACAUUAAAAUGGACUCAAUUCAUAGUGAUUUCACUAAAAUUAGUAGACUCUUUAAAUCUUUACCUCAAAAAUUAGAAUCAAUAUUUUCUGAAUGUGAAAAAAUUAGAUUAUUGGCUUUAAUGUAUCAACCUUCAUUAUUAAAAGCUUUAUUAACUUUAGUAAAUGAAGAAAUUAGAACAAAUAAAAUACCUGAUGAAAAAACUUAUUAUUAUUUAGCAGAAUUAUUAGUCUUUAUAGAGAAUCCAGUUGAACCAAUAACGGCAAAUAAUUUGGCUUAUUCAAUAAAUAGUAAAAAUCCUCCUCAACAACAACAUCAACAACAUCAACAACAACAACAACAACAACAACAACAACACCAACAACAUCACCAGCAACAAUAUCACCAGCAGCAACAAUAUCAACAACAUCACCAACAACAACAACACCAUCAACAGCACCAACAACAACAAUACCAACAACAAUAUGAACAACAACAUCAAAAUCAACAAUAUCAACAAUAUCAACAAAAUGACCAACAAUAUCAACAAAAUGAUCAACAAUAUCAACAACAACAACAACAACAACAACAGCAACAAUAUUCAUAUCAUAAUAGAGAUCAAUCACCUCACUCUUCAUCACAUCAUAACAGUGGUGUUAGUAAUAAUAGAGGUAGAAAAGAAAAAAAAUAA